AUGGACACAAGGGUUUUUCUGGAUUCGACCAUGUUUAACUUUAUCAGUGAUUUAAACUGUGAAGUGCCACCUCGCAGCGUAUUCGGACCCACGGUAGGUCUGGACGCAUCAGUUCCUUAUGACACGGACUAUCACGAUCCACACGAGGGCGUCCACGGCGCUUCUGUUAAUGGAUUUGAUUGUUCAGGUGCUCGAUCAGAUGAGCACAAAACUAGAAAGAACCCGAGGAGGAAGCGUAAAAUCAGCACCGUACAGAGACAAGCGGCCAACAUCCGAGAACGCAGGAGGAUGUUCAGCCUGAACGAGGCGUUUGAUGAACUGCGCAGGAAAGUUCCCACUUUUGCCUAUGAAAAGAGACUGUCCAGGAUCGAGACUCUGCACCUGGCCAUCGUCUACAUCUCUUUCAUGACGGAAUUAUUAGAAAAAUAA